AUGGAGGAUAAGAUGUUUAUUGACAGACUGAGCGGACCAGGAAAUUGGGCAACAUGGAAGUUUCAGAUGGAACACUUGCUAAAGGCUAAAGGACUAUGGGGCAUGCUAAUGGAGACGGAGACGCUAGCCGUAGAUGCUAACGCAGCAGCACAGUGGGAGCUGCUACCAAGAAAGGGAAUACACUGCAGUUCAGAAAGUCUCGUUGUUACAUACGUGGAAAAAGUGGAACACUUCAAGGAAUGGGAACACAAAGAGCUGAUGGACUAUAUCAGCUGGAUAUUAAAAGGCCGCUACAGUGCUUCUGUAGCGGCCAGCCUGUGGCACCAGCGCCUUGGUCACACUACCAAGCUUAAAGAACUCAAAGAUCUGGUGAAUGGAGUGAACUUUUCUGCAGAAAAAGAGAUUCCCUUCUGUGAAGGAUGUGUGGAAGGCAAGUUGGCUAAAAAGCCAUUCAAAUCGAUUGGAGGAAUUCGUUCCAAACGCAAGAUGCAGCUGAUCCACAGUGAUGUCUGUGGUCCCAUGCAGAUUGAAUCUAUAGGUGGAGCAAAAUAUUUUGUAUAUUUCAUUGAUGAUUACACAAGAUGCUGCAAGGCUACGUCGAAGAGUGCUACGACCGUCUCGUCAUGGGGAAGCCCUAAGACGCCAACGUCUAAAAGAAGCCGCCCGGAGGACUCACCUGGCCAUGUGUCACCGCCCGGUACAAACUUCACCGACAUCCUGGAUUCCAUCGACAAGAGGCUGACUUGUUUGGAUGGCCGCCUCGCACGUGUCGAGGUGCUCCACAAAGAAUUCCAAGCCAUCCGAGAGAGAUUGGAAUCCGGACAACAGCAGGUUAUGUCUCUUGCCAAGGAGAACGCCGCUCUUCGUGAGACCGUAAAAUCCCUCACCGACGGAGUGACGCAACUCACCCGGGACAACAGGAGCAUGAAGGAGACGAUGCUGGACCUCCAGGCGAGAAGCAUGAGGGACAAUCUGGUCUUCGCGGGAAUACCGGAAAAGACAGAGGAAGAUCCAGAGGAAACCAUUAAGUCCUUCAUGGAACAUCAGCUCAAGCUUCCAGCAGACACCAUCAGGAACAUCACCUUCCAUCGCGUCCACCGGCUUGGAGCCAAAAAGCCGGCGAACAGGAGGCAGAGACCCAUCAUAGCCAAAUUCGAACACUUCAAGCAGAAGGAGCGAGUGAGGAACCAGGGCCGAGAGCUGAAAGGAUCCAACUUCAGCAUCAACGACCAGUUUCCAAAGGAAAUUCCCGACAGACGCCGCCAUCUGUUUCCGCUUCGCAAGAAGUUUAUCACCGAAGGAUGCCGUGCAGUCAUCGCGGUGGAUAAACUUUUCAUCAACGGCCAACUUUACCGUGAUCCGGAAGCCAUGCCGUGGUUGUAUUAUUAGCGUCUGAAACACGAUUAGGUCAAACAACGGCACCCAUUUUAAGAAAACAGGUUAUCGUCUUCAGUCACAAGAUCAGC